UUAGUGAGUGAGAUAGGGAGCUGAGUUGGCUUGUAAUAAAGAGUAUAAUGAGGUUUUAUGAAUAAUUAGUGAGUGAGAUAGGGUGCUGAGUUGGCAAGUUUGUUAUGCCUCUUAGUAGUAUAUAUAGUGAGGUAAGGGGGGUGUGAGGCAUCAUGGAAGAUUAUUAUUAGGACCAUUAUGGUUAGGCAAGGAAAGAGUCUUCUCUUUCUUUGAAGGAGCUUUGCUUUGUGGGCAUUAGGAUAUUCAUCCUCUUGCAUUUAUCUUUCAUUUUUAUAUAAUAAUACACUGUUUUCAUUAUUCCUGCUUUUUAAUCCUUUUCUUCAAUAUUUUAUAAGUUGCGAAAUUUUCGGUUUGCAACAAUGGUCCGACCUACCGGAUUCGACGUUGAGCCAGUGAUAUCGACAAAGGUGGUUCCCAGAUUUGAUGGAACGGAAGAUGGUUAUUGGUGGCUGAUCCAGUUGGAUCGGUAUUUUGAGGCUAACACUUGGCUCGUGGAAGAAAGAAAAGUGGGAUGGGUGACUGCCAUGGCUUUCAGCGGAGAUGCUUUCAGCUGGUGGUGCAAUUGUAAGCAAGGUAACCAGAAUAUCACAUGGGAGGCGUUUGAAAGGGCUCUCAUUAAGAAAUUUAUUCCAGAUAUGUGGGAGAUGCUUGAAACCGCAGAAUGUGAGGAGCAAGAAAACCAUGAAUACGUUUUGAAUGAGACAGGAGAGAACAAAGAAGAGUCGAUGGAGGUUAGAAACAAGACAGAUUCUGGACUGAUGCAAAAUUCAUCGGAGCAGUCAGAUCAGAAAUUUCCGACGACCACAACGGAGAUACCAUCAGUCAUGGAAUUCAGUGCACAACAAAACUCAGAGUGUCACAAGGAACCGGUGACUGAAUCAUAUGUGUUAUUCGAAACAGAAACGUUGGAAAAGAUGAAGAUCAAGUGGUUGGAGGAAGCCACCACAACCGUGGAGGAUCCAAACCUGGAGGAAGAUAUUUCACAAACAAGAGGGGAUCAAAUGAUUGUUCUCGACCCAGAACCACCACCGGAGCCACCGGACAAUGGUCAUCGAGUGGUGUGGUAAGCAUUAAACAACCAGAAACACUUGAUGGUGAGUCAAGGAAAGCAAUUGGGUUGUCGAUGACGAUCUCACUUCCUCCUUCGACAAAACUACCGUCUCUUCCAACAGUAGGAAAGAAAGUCGUACUGCUAAUGAAGUCUGUUAAUGAAGUCAUGUGGAGAAUGGCACAAUUUGUAUUUGAUAGAGGCAAAGUUUUAAUGGAAGCAAAUCCCAACCUUGAGGACAAGGUUGUUUUGAAGGGGUGGGUAUUGAUAGAGACCAAGUAUGAGUGAUUAGUGAGUGAGAUAGGGAGCUGAGUUGGCUUGUAAUAAAGAGUAUAAUGAGGUUUUAUGA